AUGAAGGAUGACGAUGUCCUCACUAUUGUUGGGGCCAUUGGCGCCAUCUUAGGUAUCAUUGUCGUUGCAAUCCGCUUUUAUGCCAGGCAUAUGACGAACAAUAAACUUGGUUGGGAUGAUUGGUGCAUUCUCAUCUCGACUAUCACAGUGAUAGGAGGGGAUGUUCUUGUCAUCGUCGCAAACUCUAUGUAUCCGAAUAGUGCCGAAGCAGCCUCACACAAAGAUCCGAGUUACGAAUAUACCGAAGAUGACAUCCAUUAUACGAAGCUGAGCUUUGCAACAACGAUCAGCAACUGCCUCAACUGCAUCCCUCUCAAAUAUGUCUGGAUUAAUGCCAAGGCCGACCCACGAUACUGUAUUAACUACAAUAUAUACUGGAUGGGAUGUGGCUUGACUGAGUGUGCAAUUGAUAUGCUCAUUCUUCUGGUGCCUAUACGGACAAUAUCUGGCUUGAAAUUGAGCCGGUCCAAGAAGAUUGCCGUGGCAGGUGUCUUCAUGUUAGGUACCUUCGUUAUUAUAUCUGGGAUCGUCAAGGUAGCACUCAGCUACGUCCCUGGAAGCCGACAGCCAAAUUUCGGGCAGACUUCAUUGUGGUCAUCCAUCCACAUAUCUACUGGGAUCAUCGGGGCGUGUCUUCCGAUUUGCUGGCCCGUCUUCAUCCGCCUCGGAGGCAUUUUGUCCUCCAAAGCGCCUGCUGUCUCAUCCGUUCGAGGGCAGUGGUACGGUUCCAGCCGUGGAUCAACUCGUGGCACUUCUAAAAUAAUACGCUCACAAGAGCAUCCAGCCUAUGGCCUUCACGAUCCAUCGACCGGCCAGUCUGACGUUCAUGAGCUGCUGCAGCAUAAAGAGAAUGUGCGCACGUCAGUGCCUUCCAUCGGCAAUAAUACUAAUCCAGAAUCAGAUACUUAA